AUGGACUCGUCGCCCCUCUCUCUUCCAGUAUUUGUCCGUGCAAUCACACCUACACCCUCAAUUGCUCGUACAAUUAGACCUACACCCGCAUAUGCUCGUACUGUCACACCUGCGCCCGCAUCUGUACCUACGGCCGUGCCUGCGCCCGACGUCGACUUCGACGUCGACCACCUCCCACAGCACACAAGGCCCUCUCGCAUCAAAGUCAAGGAGCUUCCCGACACAGAGCGUCAGCGCGCCGAAACCACCGCCAGCCACCUCUUCACAAACUUCGACGACGCCCGCAUCCGUACCGCCCUCGUACACAUCAUCCAAGUCCGCGACGAGUCCCACAUACGCCCCAAACGUGGAGACCGCACGGGAUGGGCAGUUCUCCAGGUCGAAAAGCGCCAACAGCGCGAGACCAUGCCCACGGAAAGACGCGCAGACGCAGACAUACUGUCACGUCCACCGCCGCGCCUCGCGGUCAGCGCGCCUGUCAUACUCAAGGACUCACUUGUAUGGCCCGUGCCUGGGAGUCCUAUGGGGAACGCGUGGUCUGGCGAGCAUUUCUGGAAGCCGGAGUUCUGCGAGUCGGUGCCUGCGAGUCCGAUGUGGGAAGAAGGUGGAUGUGCGCACAGCGAUGCCGCGCGCCAGAGCUAUUAUGACUCUGUGGUCGCGGAUGUGGAGAAGUGCGCGCUCGAGGUCAAGGCUGAUACUAUGCAGGGCGACGAGCAGAUGUCGGGCGCGGAGUGCGAUGUUAUCGCCGCGAUGACGGUGCUGGAAGAAAUGAAGGCGGGCUUCGGUGAAGACGACUGGCCUGUACCAGGCGAUGUUCUUGCCAAAACCAAAGAAUUCUGUCAAGAAGAGAAGAAGGCGCUUGAGUUGAGCCCGAUCCGUGACCUUGCAGACAUGCAGGAAUCGUAUAACUGGCUGAGCUUCGAGCAGAGCUCGCUACAGCCGUUGACGAAGCUCGAUGAGGUGCGUGGCAGACUGAAGAUGAUCAAGGAGACGAAGAGGAACUCGGGAAUUGAGCCUUCGGAGCGGGUAUACCACCUUGUCUACGCUGUGCAAAUCCUAGAAGAGAAGAUCAGAACUCUGAAGCUACACGACAUCUAUGCCGACAACAGCGAUGACGACAUGAUGGAAUAUGGGAAUUUUCUGAAAAGCCUAGCGGAAGUCCUGCCGCUUGCGGAAGAGUGUGGCAGCAGUAUCGCGAGCUAUUCGUCAGACAGCGAGCUCGAGGAGAGGAGAGAUCUGAAAAGAGAGAUGUCAGAAAUCGGGCUUGAAAAGAUGAAAGCUGUGAGAAUGGACGUAUUAUCAAACGGGCUCGCAAAGAGGAGAGAUCUGAGGAAAGAGGUCUCGGAGGGCGGACUAGAGCGGAGAAGACUGCGAGGAAAAGCGCCGAGCACGCUCGAUCUUGAAUCGUGGGCUUCGAGUCUGAAAGUACUCGACAACAAGAAGAAAGCUGAUGGGUUUAGGGACGAGGGUCUGUUCUUCUGA